CCGGCCCGGCCCGGCCCGCACCCUCUAUGGAGGCCCUCGUCCGGCUGUAGGGCCCCUCGCCUCAUGGGGACCCACCCAUUUCUAAGGUCCGGUUUGGCCCGCAGCGGUCCGCGUCUGUAAUUGCUGGACAUCGUGUAUGGGGUCAGCCAGCCUAUGGGGGCCUGUGUCUAUAAGGGACUCCCACGGUCCCUAGGGGUCGGCCGUGUCCAUAGCAACCCCAUUUACAGGGCCUAUCAUGGGUCUGUAAGGUCCACCUUUCGACUUCCAGAGCCCGUCAACAGAGGCAGGUCCCUUCGCGGGGACUGCGACUCCUGGGCCUCCCCGGGCUACCAGGCCAUGUCCCGUCCAUAGAGGUCGCAUUUUCAGCAUCGGUGGAGGGUCCGUGCCAUCUGUAAGGGUCAGUGCUGGAGGCGGCGAUGGCCCUGGGCCGGGCUCUGGCCGCCGUGCUGGCUCUGUGUUUGGCCAUGCUGGGGCCGAUGUCCCCUGGGGCCCGGGCGGGGGACUGCAAGGGGCAGCGGCAAGUGCUGCGGGAGGCCCCAGGCUUCGUGACGGAUGGUGCGGGCAACUACAGCGUCAAUGGCAAUUGCGAGUGGCUCAUCGAGGCACCGAGUCCCCAGCACCGGAUCCUGCUGGACUUCCUUUUCCUUGACACGGAGUGCACGUAUGACUACCUGUUCGUGUAUGACGGUGACUCCCCCCGAGGGCCCCUGCUUGCCAGUCUGAGUGGGAGCACCCGACCCCCACCCAUCGAGGCUUCCUCUGGCAAGCCCCUAGGACCGUGCCGCUGUGAGCCUGGCUUCCUGGGACGUGCCUGUGACCUGCACCUGUGGGAGAACCAGGGGGCUGGCUGGUGGCACAAUGUGAGUGCCGGGGACCCUGCCUUCCCUGCUCGUGUCGGGGCAGCUGGUGCCUUCCUGUCCCCACCAGGACUGUUGGCCGUUUUUGGAGGCCAGGACCUCAACAGCGCCUUGGGUGACCUCGUGCUGUAUAACUUCUCUGCCAACACCUGGGAGCGCUGGGACCUGAGUCCUGCUCCGGCUGCCCGUCACUCCCAUGUGGCUGUGGCCUGGGCCGGCUCCCUGGUGUUGAUGGGCGGUGAGCUGGCUGAUGGCUCCCUCACUAGCGACGUGUGGGCCUUCAGCCCUCUGGGCGGGGGCCACUGGGAGCAACUGGCACCACCUGCUUCUAGUUCCUCGGGGCCGCCAGGCCUGGCAGGUCAUGCAGCUGCCUUGGUGGACAACAUCUGGCUCUAUGUGUCUGGUGGCCGCACCCAGCACGACCUCUUCUCCUCCGGCCUCUUCCGUUUCCGCCUUGACAGCACCAGUGGGGGCUACUGGGAGCAGGUGAUUCCGGCAGGUGGGCGGCCCCCUGCCGCCACCGGCCACUCCAUGGUGUUUCAUGCCCCAUCUCGAGCCCUGCUGGUUCAUGGUGGACACCGGCCCUCCACUGCCCGGUUCUCUGUGCGGGUGAACUCCACUGAGCUCUUCCAUGUGGAUCGGCGUGUGUGGACAACCCUGAAGGGCCGGGAUGGGCUGCAGGGCCCACGGGAGCGAGCCUUCCACACAGCCAGUGUCCUGGGCAACUACAUGGUGGUCUAUGGAGGCAAUGUGCACACCCAUUACCAGGAGGAAAAGUGCUAUGAAGAUGGCAUCUUCUUCUACCACCUGGGCUGCCAUCAGUGGGUGUCAGGGGCUGAGCUUGCCCCGCCAGGAACUCCUGAGGGCCGAGCAGCGCCUCCCAGUGGUCGGUAUUCACAUGUGGCAGCUGUGCUUGGUGGCAGUGUCCUGUUGGUGGCUGGUGGGUACAGUGGCCGGCCCCGUGGGGAUUUGAUGGCCUACAAGGUGCCCCCCUUUGUGUUCCAGGCGCCUGCCCCAGACUACCAUUUGGACUAUUGCUCCAUGUACACGGACCACAGUGUCUGCUCUCGAGACCCCGAAUGCAGUUGGUGUCAGGGGUCCUGCCAAGCUGCACUGCCUCCUGGGACCCCCUCAGGGGCUUGUCUGGCUGCCAGCUGCCUGGGCCUGGGGCGCCUCCUGAGUGACUGCCAGGCCUGCCUGGCCUUCAGCAGCCCUGCAGCUCCUCCCCGGGGACCUGGUGCCCUGGGCUGGUGUGUGCACAAUGAGAGCUGCCUCCCUCGGCCUGAGCAGGCCCACUGCCGAGGAGAGCAGAUCUCAGGCACCGUGGGCUGGUGGGGGCCUGCACCUGUCUUCGUCACAUCCCUGGAGGCCUGCGUCACCCAGAGCUUCCUGCCUGGCCUGCACCUCCUCACCUUCCAACAGCCACCCAACGCCUCCCAACCUGACAAGGUCUUGAUUGUCCGCAGCACAACCAUCACCCUGACACCCAGCCCAGAGACCGAAGUAUCACUCGUCUAUCGUGGCUUCAUCCACCCACUGCUUCCGGGAGGGCCCGGUGGGCCAGGGGCUGAGGACGUGGCUGUGUGGGCCCGAGCCCAGCGCCUACACGUCCUGGCCCGGAUGGCCCGUGGCCCUGACCCAGAGAACAUGGAGGAAGUGGGGCGCUGGGUGGCUCAGCAGGAGAAAGAGACGAGGCGGCUACAGCGCCCAGGGUCUGCUCGUCUCUUCCCACUGCCUGGCCGGGCCCACAAGUACGCGGUGGAGAUCCGGGGCCAGCUCAAUGGCUCGGCGGGCCCUGGGCACAGCGAGCUCACCCUGCUGUGGGACCGGACUGGUGUGCCAGGUGGCAGUGAGAUCUCCUUCUUCUUCCUGGAACCCUACCGCUCCACGGCCUGCGCCUCCUACUCCUCCUGCCUGGGCUGCCUGGCAGACCAGGGCUGCGGCUGGUGCCUGGCCAGCUCCACCUGCCACCUGCGCCAGAGUGGGGCUCACUGCAUGGCCAGGGGGGCCCGCAGGUCCUUGCUGGUGCUGGUGCCUGCCCUCUGCCCGCUCUGUGAGGAACAUCGAGACUGCCACGCCUGCACCCAGGACCCCUUCUGUGAGUGGCAUCAGAGCACCAACCGCAAAGGGGAUGCGGCAUGCAGCCGGCGAGGCCGGGGUCAGGGUGCCCUGAAGAGCCCAGAGGAGUGUCCCCCGCUCUGCAGCCAGCGCCUGACCUGUGACGACUGCCUGGCCAACUCAAGCCAGUGUGCCUGGUGCCAGUCCACCCACACCUGUUUUCUGUUUGCUGCCUACUUGGCCCGGUACCCAUAUGGGGGCUGCCGAGGCUGGGAUGACAGCGUGCACUCAGAGCCCCGGUGCCGGAGCUGUGACCGCUUCCUGACCUGCCACGAGUGUCUGCAGAGCCAUGAGUGUGGCUGGUGUGGCAAUGAGGACAACCCCACACUGGGGCGGUGCCUCCAGGGGGACUUCUCAGGGCCCCUGGGUGGGGGUAACUGCUCCCUGUGGGUGGGGGAGGGCCUGGGGCUGCCCGUGGCCCUCCCUGCCCGCUGGGCAUAUGCCCGCUGUCCUGAUGUGGAUGAGUGUCGCCUGGGCCUGGCACGGUGCCACCUGCGGGCGACCUGCCUGAACACGCCCCUCAGCUACGAGUGUCACUGCCAGCGAGGUUACCAGGGUGAUGGCAUCACAUACUGCAAUCGCACGUGCCUGGAAGACUGCGGCCAUGGUGUGUGCAGUGGACCCCCUGACUUCACCUGUGUGUGUGACCUGGGCUGGAUAUCUGAUCUGCCCCCGCCCACGCCUGCCCCGGGACCCCCCGGCCCCCGCUGCUCCAGAGACUGUGGCUGCAACUUUCACAGCCAUUGCCGAAAGCGGGGGCCUGGCUUCUGCGAUGAGUGCCAGGACUGGACCUGGGGGGAGCACUGCGAACGGUGCCGGCCCGGCAGCUUUGGCAACGCCACGGGCUCAGGCGGCUGCCGACCCUGCCAGUGCAAUGGGCAUGGGGACCCACGCCGUGGCCACUGCGACAACCUCAGUGGGCUCUGCUUCUGCCAGGACCACACCGAAGGUGCUCAUUGCCAGCUCUGCAUCCCUGGCUACUAUGGGGACCCCCGGGCCGGUGGCUCCUGCUUCCGGGAGUGUGGGGGCCGCGCCCUCCUCACCAACGUGUCCUCAGUGGCACUGGGCUCACGCCGGGUUGGGGGGCUGCUGCCUCCAGGUGGUGGGGCAGUGAGAGCCGGGCCAGGCCUUUCAUACUGUGUGUGGGUUGUCUCGGCCACUGAGGUGCUACAGCCCUGUGCUCCUGGGACCCUCUGUCCCCCACUCACCCUCACCUUCUCCCCCGACAGCAGCACCCCCUGCACGCUGAGCUACGUGCUGGCCUUUGAUGGCUUCCCACGCUUCCUGGACACUGGCGUUGUGCAGUCGGACCGUAGCCUCAUUGCUGCCUUCUGCGGCCAGCGGCGGGACAGGCCCCUCACUGUGCAGGCCCUCUCUGGGCUGCUCGUGCUGCACUGGGAGGCCAACGGCUCCUCGUCCUGGGGCUUCAACGCUUCAGUGGGCUCUGCCCGCUGUGGGUCAGGGGGCCCUGGGAGCUGCCCUGUUCCCCAGGAGUGUGUGCCCCAGGAUGGGGCCGCAGGGGCUGGUCUCUGCCGCUGUCCCCAGGGCUGGGCUGGCCCACACUGUCGCAUGGCUCUGUGUCCUGAAAACUGCAAUGCCCACAGCGGGGCAGGGACCUGUAACCAGAGUCUGGGCGUGUGCAUCUGUGCUGAGGGCUUCGGGGGCCCCGACUGUGCCACGAAGCUGGACGGCGGACAGCUGGUCUGGGAGACCCUCAUGGACAGCCGCCUCUCAGCUGACACUGCUAGCCGCUUCCUGCACCGCCUGGGGCACACCAUGGUGGAGGGACCUGAUGCCACCUUGUGGAUGUUUGGGGGCCUGGGCCUCCCCCAGGGGCUGCUGGGAAACCUGUACAGGUACUCAGUGAGUGAGUGGAGGUGGACACAGAUGCUGGCAGGAGCUGAGGACGGAGGCCCAGGCCCCUCACCCCGAUCCUUCCAUGCAGCUGCCUAUGUGCCCGCUGGCCGUGGUGCCAUGUACCUGAUGGGGGGGCUCACGGCUGGGGGCGUCGCCCGAGACUUCUGGGUCCUCAACCUCACCACCCUACAGUGGCGGCAGGAGAAGGCCCCUCAGACUGUGGAACUCCCAGCUGUCGCUGGUCACACCCUCACUGUGCGUAGAGGCCUGUCUUUGCUCCUGGUGGGCGGUUACUCUCCUGAAAAUGGCUUCAACCAGCAGCUGCUCGAGUACCAGCUGGCGACUGGCACCUGGGUAUCCGGAGCGCAGAGUGGGACACCCCCCACAGGUCUCUAUGGUCAUUCUGCCGUCUACCAUGAGGCCACCGACUCUCUCUACGUGUUUGGGGGUUUCCGCUUCCAUGUGGAGCUGGCAGCCCCGUCCUCCGAGCUCUACUCCCUGCACUGUCCUGACCGAACCUGGAGCCUGCUGGCCCCUUCUCAGGGGGCAAAGCCCCGCCCCCGACUUUUCCACGCCUCAGCGCUGCUAGGGGACACCAUGGUGGUCCUGGGGGGACGCUCGGACCCUGAUGAGUUCAGCAGCGAUGUGCUGCUCUACCAGGUCAACUGCAACUCCUGGCUGCUGCCUGACCUCACCCGCCAGGCCUAUGUGGGGCCACCGAUGGAGGAGUCUGUGGCCCAUGCUGUAGCAGCAGUGGGGGGCCGCCUGUACAUCUCAGGGGGCUUUGGGGGAGUGGCCCUGGGCCGCCUGCUGGCCUUGACCAUGCCCCCCGACCCCUGUCGCCUGCUGCCGUCACCUGAAGCUUGUAACCAGUCUGGGGCCUGCACCUGGUGCCAUGGGGUCUGCUUGUCUGGGGACCAGGCCCACAGACUGGGCUGUGGGGCACCGGCUUGCUCCCCAAUGCCUCAUUCCCCUGAGGAAUGCCGACGUCUCCGGACCUGCAGUGAGUGCCUUGCCCGCCAUCCCCGGACCCUGAAGCCUGGAGAUGGAGAGGCAUCUGUCCCCCGCUGUAAGUGGUGUACCAAUUGUCCCGAGGGUGCCUGCAUCGGGCGCAACGGGUCCUGCACCUCAGAGAAUGACUGUCGGAUCAAUCAGCGAGAGGUCUUCUGGGCAGGGAACUGCUCAGAGGCUGCGUGUGGGGCUGCCGACUGCGAGCAGUGUACCAGGGAGGGCAAGUGCAUGUGGACACGGCAGUUCAAGAGGACAGGGGAGACCCGCCGCAUCCUCUCUGUGCAGCCCACCUACGACUGGACAUGCUUCAGCCACUCUCUGCUGAACGUGUCCCCGAUGCCAGUGGAAUCAUCACCCCCAUUGCCCUGCCCCACUCCCUGUCACCUCCUGUCCAACUGCACCUCCUGUCUGGACUCCAAGGGUGCGGACGGGGGCUGGCAGCACUGUAUCUGGAGCAGCAGUCUCCAACAGUGUCUGAGCCCCUCAUACCUGCCCCUGCGAUGCAUGGCUGGAGGCUGUGGGCGGCUGCUCCGAGGGCCCGAGAGCUGCUCCCUGGGCUGUGCUCAGGCAACCCAGUGCGCCCUGUGUCUGCGGCGCCCCCACUGUGGCUGGUGUGCCUGGGCGGGCCAGAAUGGGGGUGGCCGCUGCCUGGAAGGUGGACUCAGUGGCCCCCGUGAUGGGCUGACGUGUGGGCGUCCUGGGGCCUCCUGGGCCUUCCUGUCCUGCCCUCCUGAGGACGAGUGUGCGAACGGGCACCAUGACUGCAAUGAGACUCAGAACUGCCAUGACCAGCCCCACGGUUAUGAGUGCAGCUGCAAGACGGGCUACCUCAUGGACAAUGUCACGGGGCUGUGCCGCCCAGUGUGCGCCCAGGGCUGCGUGAAUGGCUCGUGCGUGGAGCCUGACCACUGCCGCUGCCACUUUGGCUUUGUCGGCCACAACUGCUCCACGGAGUGUCGCUGCAACCGCCACAGCGAGUGUGCUGGCGUGGGGGCCCGUGACCACUGCCUGCUCUGCCACAACCACACCAAGGGCAGCCACUGUGAGCAGUGCCUCCCGCUGUUCGUGGGUUCUGCUGUGGGGGGCGGGACCUGCCGGCCCUGCCACACCUUCUGUCGUGGCAACAGCCACGUCUGCAUCUCCAGGAAGGAGCUUGAAAUGGCUAGGAGGGAGCCAGAGAAGUACUCCCUGGAUCCCGAGGAGAUUGAAAACUGGGUGACAGAGGGCCCCAGCGAAGACGAGGCUGUGUGUGUAAACUGCCAGAAUAACAGCUAUGGGGACAAAUGUGAGAGCUGCCUCCACGGCUACUUCCUCCUGGAUGGGAAGUGCACCAAAUGCCAGUGUAAUGGCCACGCGGACACCUGUAACGAGCAGGACGGGACCGGCUGCCCGUGUCAGAACAACACAGAAACGGGCACCUGCCAGGGGAGCUCCCCCAGUGACCGCCGAGACUGCUACAAGUACCAGUGCGCCAAGUGCCGGGAGUCCUUCCACGGAAGCCCACUGGGAGGCCAGCAGUGCUACCGCCUCAUCUCCGUGGAGCAGGAGUGCUGCCUGGACCCGACGUCUCAGACCAACUGCUUCCACGAGCCCAAGCGCCGGGCCCUGGGCCCUGGCCGCACGGUCCUCUUUGGUGUGCAGCCUAAGUUCACCAACGUGGACAUCCGCCUGACGCUGGAUGUGACCUUCGGUGCCGUGGACCUCUAUGUCUCCACCUCCUACGACACCUUCGUGGUCCGCGUGGCCCCCGACACGGGCGUCCACACAGUGCAUAUCCAGCCACCCCCACCCCCACCACCGCCCCCACCCCCUGCGGAAGGCGGGCCCCGUGGGGCUGGGGAUCUGGGGGGACCAGGGACCGGGAGUGGGUCGGGCACCCCAAUGGAGCCACGGGUGUGGGAGGUGUGGCCACGGGGCCUGAUCACCUACGUAACAGUGACGGAGCCAUCAGCGGUGCUGGUGGUUCAUAGUGUGCGGGACAGACUGGUCAUCACCUACCCCCACGAGCACCACGCCCUCAAGUCCAGCCGCUUCUACCUGCUCCUGCUGGGCGUGGGAGACCCCAGUGGGCCUGGCGCGAACGGUUCGGCUGACUCGCAGGGCCUGCUCUUCUUCCGGCAGGACCAGGCCCACAUUGACCUGUUUGUCUUCUUCUCCGUCUUCUUCUCCUGCUUCUUCCUCUUCCUCUCACUCUGUGUGCUCCUCUGGAAGGCCAAGCAGGCCCUGGACCAGCGGCAGGAGCAGCGCCGGCACCUGCAAGAGAUGACCAAGAUGGCCAGCCGCCCCUUCGCCAAAGUCACCGUCUGCUUCCCGCCCGACCCUGCUGCCCCAGUUCCUGCCUGGAAGCCGGCCAUACUCCCACCACCCACCUUCCGCCGCUCUGAGCCUUUCUUGGCACCCCUGCUGCUGGCAGGGGCUGGCGGGCCCUGGGGACCCACGGAAGACGGCAUGGCAGGUGUGGCCACACUGCUGCUCCAGCUGCCUGGCGGGCCCCACGUGCCCAACGGUGCCUGCCUGGGCUCGGCCCUGGUCACGCUGCGGCACAGGCUGCAUGAAUACUGUGGGGGUGGUGGGGGUGCUGGGGGCAGUGGUCACGGGGCCGGUGUAGGUCGGAAGGGACUUUUGAGCCAGGACAAUCUCACCAGCAUGUCCCUCUGACAGGCUGGGUCCCUCAGCCACAGCAGCCAAGUGCCCAUGGGGGCCCCUGGACACUGUCCUCAGAGGACUCUGGUUUUCCUUCCCCUGGGGGUCCCCAGACAAGGCCUCCUUCGUUGUGCAUUCAACAAUUAUUUAGUUCCUACUGUGUGCCAGGCACUGUUGAAGGCACCGGACCGGGCAAAGGGGAACCGAGGCAGAAGUGUCCCUAGUCUUGUGGGACUGAUGUGGAAAGUCAACUGGGCAUCCGAGAAGCUAGAUAAAAACGGAAGGAAAGGCUGGGGGAAGUGUGUUCAGGCAGAGGGAACAAGGUUCCUGAUGUGCAAACCAGCUGUUUUAGUGGAAAGAUCAUAAAGCUGGCCAGUGUGACCCCAACUGAGUGAAGAGGAGACAGGGCCAGGGUUAGGCCCCUGGGGCUGGACCACCCAGGGCCUGUGGGCCCCAGAUAGGGUUUGGGGUUUUGUUCUCAGGGCAAUGGGAAGCUGAUGGACAGUUUUGUGAGGGGGGAUGACAGGAUCCGAUGUACCUAUU